GCCCGCACCUGGAAAUCGACCAUCAGUUAUUCAUCAAUCGUUAAUCUGUUAUGUUUUAAGUUUUCGUGUUCGUAUCAAUUUUUAUAGACAAAAUUACACAGAACUAUUAUAAUGUACCGACGGGAGUAUUUAGUAAUUAAGUAAAAUGCUUUUAUUAGUUUGUGGUAUUUUAACGUAUAAAUUUUAGUUUGAUUUUAAUAUUUAAGCAUGAAGAAAGAUAUAAAAAAAAGUUCGUAUUACGUUUGGUUUUUAGGAUCUCAAGAAUGCAAAAGUAUAAGGGAUGUUGACAGUAUAAUCCCAAUAAUUUCAACAUUGUCAGAAAGAGAAAAGAAGGCACCUCCAUCAAAAUUUACUCUCCAAGUAAGUCACAGAGGAUUGAAAAUAGUUCAUAGUGCUUCCGCUCAGACUCCUUUACCCGGAGGUAAAAUUUCAAAAAGUGAUUUAGUGAAGCAUUUAAUACCCGAUCAUGCAAUCACUUGUGUUCAUCGAAACCAAGACCUAGUGGCUGUGAUUUUGCUUCUUUACAACCCAGUUACCAAAUGGCCUGUGCAUGUACAUGUAUAUAGAUGUGAUUCAGUUGAGACCGCUACUCUCCUCUCUGGACAAUUACAAACGCUAAUUAAUCGUCCAGAAAAUAUAAAAAAACUCGAUGAAAUCGAAUCGAGACUAUCUAUACCCGAACCUCCUCCACUAAGUAAAUAUGAACGUAAAAGAGAAUCUCCUUUAUCGUCGUCAUCUGAAAGUGGAAUACCAAUCACCAAUCACGUGACGACUCUAUACGAUUCUCUCGCAGCUGAACUUAAGAAAAAAUUGGAUACUGGAAAAUCUGGCGCGCCUAUAUUGUUACCUCCUAGAGAUUAUGAUACUGUUCAUAGGCAUAGAGGAAAUCUUACUGGAAUAGAUCUUAGACGUUGCAUGAGCUCUAAUAUUGUGGGUGUUAAUGCCAUAAAAAAAGAUACCAGACGGAGUACUCCAAAAAUGGGAUCGAGUGGUGAUUCCAGCGGAAUUGGAUCUGAUCAUGCUCCGAGUCCAGAACAGUAUGAACAAGAAAAUACUUAUGUUGAUAAUAAUUCAUCAUCAGAUGAGGACUGGAACAUUGGUUCUUUUGAAGAACCAUUGGUGAAAUCUACAACCGACCAUCCAAUGCCAAGAGUAAAAAGACAAGACAGUGGCGUAGAUAGUAAUACAAGUCCAUUGACAUCACCGGAAAAAGACUAUUACAGUAAGCAAGAGCAUAUCAACGCAAACCAUUUCAGAAAGCAGAACCAUAACAUUUCGUCGGAUAUUCGAGACAAAUAUUCGGAUCGCAACGUCGCUUUGGUCCAGCCGAGGCUGAGGAACAGCGAAGUGACAAGGAAACCGUCUGCAGCAAAUGAUCAUCGACGCAAGCCGGUGGAAACUCGACAGCGGUCACCUUCUCCGGAUCAAGUGCCGUUGAAAGAGUCUCCCAAGGAAAGAUUCAAAGAUGCUAAAGAAAAAUUCCUCAUGAUGGAAAAAGAGCGUAUUGACGAACAAAGAAUAGCGCUGAAAAAAUGCUUAGAGCGACAACGUAAAGAUAUAGGACCUGCUAUGAUACGUGAAAUCGUAAGAAGCUCUAACUGGUCUAAAAAAUAUGGUUCUGAUGAUGAGGCUGAUCAUUCAGAUAGGUAUAGGGAUGAUUUUAAAGACGACUUUAAUUAUAGGAAUGAUAGGCGGAGCAACAGAUCAAAAGAAAGUUUCGAUUAUGAUUAUGAAAGUUACCCAAAACCUGUGACCAACAGGCACUCAAGAAUUCAACAUGAACGAGAACAUGGACAAGUCCCAAGAAGCUAUUCAGACGAUUACUUAGAACAAAACAAUAAUAAAUACAGGUCAUCAUCGUCUGAAAAUCGGUUUGUAAGUCCACAAAGAAGAGCAACUGAAGUGCCUAGAGCGGCACCCAGACGAAACCCCGUUUGUGACAAUGCUCCUCUUAGGCCUGAUUACAAACGGCGGUCCACAGCUCCCUAUGAAGAAGGCAACACAGGCCAUGAGCGAACUCGUGAUACGUUACAAGAAAACAGUCUGUUAGUCGAUGGACCAUCGCCUUCCAGAGAAUACAAAAGACGGUCGGCCGCGUAUGCAUAUGAAGACCACAGAGUUGGUGCUUACAGCAAGCGAGAGUUGGAAAAGCGAAUAGAUGACUGUUCUUAUCCUUUAACAUCUGCACCAAUUUCGCCCAGGUAUAGACAUAGUUAUGCCGAACCUUAUCAUAAACGUAAUCAUCAACCUACACCCUUGCCUCCACAAGAUCCAAUGUAUAGACAUCAAGCCAGUGGAAGAAUAGGAAUAGCGGCCAUUCAUCAUUAUUAAUUAUUAUUUUAUAGAUGACCAUACAUCGUAAAAUAAUUCGUAUACUAUAUUAUUUGUAAAAACAAAUCAAUAUUGAUUUCUAUAAUUUCUUGUAUAAUUGUUGUUACUAAAAACCUUUUACUUAUAAAUUGAUUGUACAUCACAAUAGAGAAGAAUGAUGAUUUUGAUUAAUUCUGUAAAUCAUUUUCAAUUUUAAAGUUUUGGCUCAUAGUUUUAGAUGCCGGGGCUUUUUCACUUUAAAAAAGUUUUUCACAAAAAAAAAAUUAUUCAACUUAAUAAAAGAUUUUUUCUUUUUAAAUAAUUAAAAAUACUAUAUUAUUACAAAUUAAGAAGAAAAUUUUAAAAAAUUCUUAUUAUGCUAACAUUUUUAAUAGUAAAUUUUAAGUCAUACUAUUAUUUUUACAAUCAUGUCAACAUACUUAAAGCCAUUCUAUUUACUCAAAAACAUAUUUGUCACAUAAAAAAUUAACUAAUAUGACAAAAAAUGUUCACUACUGAUUCUAUUUAUUAAUUAUUGCAAAAAUAUUAAGUAAAUUUCAUAUUUUUACAAUUCUAAUAGUAUCUGUAAAUUAUUUAGCCAUAUAACAUAAUUUCAUAUAUAUAUUUUUUACUGCGUUUUAGUGAUUACUUUAUUAUAUCAUACACAAAUUAAUUGUUUUAUUUUUG